AUAUGGGUGAUAGUUUGUUAUCGUGUCGUGAUUGACUCAGUAUAUAAAGAGAAGCAGAACCGGUUGGGGUUCAUUCACUUGGAUUCAUUUCGACAGCUCUUCACAAAAAGUAACUUAUGGCGGAUGGACCAGCUCGUGUACUGGGUAUCUAUGGCGGUACCUGCUUCCUGGUUUACAUCGAGACUAGUGGAUUCACUAAGGCAUCGUCUCCGGUGAUGUUCGGUCUACCUCUGGCGGCUCUUUCAUUCUUGUCGUUGACGUCGUCAAUGCAGGCAAAGCCCCGAUUCGUCACCGCCGCUGCAUUCGGUGUGCUCGCACUUUCUCGGUAUAUGUUAGCAUCAAAAACUUCUUAUGAAUAUGUAGCGAUUGGUUAUAUGCUUGUAGCUGUUGGAAAUUUGAUAUACUUCUACUCGUUCAUGGAUCUUAUUGAAGAAUGGUCGAUUGCUCUAGCAGUACUUGGAACGAUGUACUACUGCACAAUGGCAUACUACUGCUUUGCCGACCUCUUCAGUUCUAUACCUUUUCUCGUAUUUAUCCAUGCUUGUGCUUUUGGAAGCUCGUGUUUUUUGGUGGUCGCCGCAGGUUCAGCCUGUCAGGAUAGUAGCUAUUAUCCAGACGAAGUCACUAUUCAGGCAGCCUAUAUGCGAUUGAUUGGAACUCUGGCCAAUGUUGCUAGCAACACAAUGUUUUUGCUGAGCUUAUUCGGACCCGUAGUAAUCACAGGAAUCGCAGGAUUUGCAGGAAUCACAAGGAAGUAUGGCAUAUGGCAGGUAAAAAUGGCCGAACAACCCGUUCGAAGAGCUGGUCCUGGAUCUGCUGGAAGGCUCUACGUUAAAGCUGUAUUCACUGGAUACAAGCGUGGUCUCCGCACACAGUCCGAACACACCGCUCUCUUGAAGCUAGAUGGUGUAUACAAUAAGAAGGACGCUCAGUUUUACAUUGGCAAGCGAGCUGUGUACCUUUACAAAGCGCACAACAAAACUACUAAGCCUGGUCAUAACAUCCCGACCCGAACUAGAGCUAUCUGGGGAAGGAUUACCCGAGCCCAUGGAAACAGUGGUGUCGUCCGCGCCAAGUUCCACCACAAUUUGCCUCCCAACGCCAUGGGAAACCGAAUCCGUGUGUUGCUGUAUCCGUCCAACAUCUAA